AUGGUGCAGCCGGAGAUGCUCUGGGCGGCCGCGGCGCUGAUGCUGCUCGGGGCUGCUGUCAGCCUCUGCGUCAAGUGCCAGCAAUCUGGGAGCCGGACGGAGACCAGGUACCAGAAUUUCCUGACAGAGGACUACCUGCAAGGAGAUGCUGACUACGUGGAGCCCGUGGCUAUGGAUUACUACAACUGCACCAGGUUCUUCACACCACCCAACGAAAAAGAAGAGGAUUCCUAUUCCUAUCAGAACGUCAUCAUUGGAGUGUCUCACAGCUCCGACCCGGUCACAGAUGACACCGUGGACUACGAGAACAGCGUGACGAUACACACGUGGGAACUCCACCAAGCAGAAGAUCAACUCGCUGAUCGGUGCUUCUCCCUCACAGCUCAGCAGGCAGAAAGCUCGGAUGACGAGCCCGAGUACAUCAACACGACGCCUGCCUCGAGCCUGGCCCCUCUGUCAAAGCAAAGGUAA